CUGGAGGAGCAGAGCAGAGCAGCACUCGGGUUGCCUUGAGGAGGGCUGAGAGGCGGCCCCUGGCCGGGCACAUAGGGACCGCAGAGCCCUAGCAGAGGCUGCAGCCAGAGCCCGAGACCGUCAUGGAGGAAGCUGUCCAGGGGCUGCUGUGACUGAGAGGCCCCAAGGCAGGCAACUGGGAGCAUAAGGCCCUUCAGCAGAGUGAGUUGGGCCCCAGCAUCUAAAAAUCUCAAAGACAACAUGACUCACUCAGACAGGAAGAGGCGGUGGAUUCUCUACCACUGAGCCACCAGGGAAGCCCGCAGGACUGUUCUUGAAUUCCUGCUGCCUCAGGCUCUUCCUCAGCGCCAAGGAGGCCAGUCACAGGGGCAUGGGAACACCUAUGGGAUGCUGCGUGGCAGCGGCAAUUGGGUCCACCCGCAUGUCCAAGGUGGUCUCGACACCUACAGCAACAAAGAUGAAAGUCAUAUGGCAGAAUGAGAAUGUUCGAGAGUUCCUGGCAGAGUUCAUCAGCACAUAUGUCAUGAUGGUGUUUGGUCUCGGUGCUGUGGCCCACAUGGUUCUAGGAGGUAAAUUCGGGAGCUACCUCGCUGUCAAUUUGGGUUUUGGCUUCGGAGUCACCAUAGGAAUUCACAUGGCGGGGAACAUCUCUGGGGCCCACAUGAAUGCGGCCGUGACCUUCACCAGCUGUGCACUAGGCCGCAUGUCCUGGAAGAAGUUUCCUGUGUAUGUUCUGGGUCAGUUCCUGGGCUCCUUCGUGGCAGCGGCCACCAUCUACAGCCUGUUCUACACCGCUAUUAUCGACUUCUCGGGGGGAAAGCUGAUGGCGACCGGCCCCACAGCCACUGCUAACAUUUUUGCCACCUACCUUCCUGACCACAUGACACUGUGGAGGGGCUUCCUGGAUGAGGUGGUGGUGACUGGGAUGCUUCAGCUAUGUCUCUUAGCCAUCACAGACAAGGGGAACAACCCAACACUGUUGGGGACACAGGCCAUUGUGACCGGCAUCCUUAUUGUCAUCAUCGGAGUAUCCCUGGGCAUGAACUCGGGAUAUGCCAUCAACCCAUCCCGGGACCUGCCUCCCCGCUUCUUCACCUUCCUCGCUGGCUGGGGCUCACAGGUCUUCAGAACCAAGGACUGGUGGUGGGUGCCGGUGGUGGCACCACCCCUGGGUGCCUACUGUGGUGCCAUCAUCUACUUGUUCUUCAUUGGCUCCAACAAGCCAGAGGAGCCCCAAGUCCUGGAGAAUCCCUCGACGAUUGAAGACCACAGAGUAUCUGUGUUGCCCAAGACCGUGUCUCACCAGCACGGGGUCGCUUCCCUCACCCCUGUCUCUGUGUACCCCGAAGAUAGAUCCUCAGUCUUGUACCACCCUUAAGUGACUCCAUCUUGCCUAGAGCCCCUCUAAGACUAUUUGUGACCCUGCAUCCACCCCAAUAAAGAAAGCCUUGUCCCACAGUGGCAACCCCGCUUCUUGGGGGCCUCCUGUGGUGGGGCUUACCUCCUGGGUUCUCUCAGAAGCUCCCAGGUUAUGCUAUAGCCCAAGGCUGGGCAGGAGCUGAGGGGCCUCCAACUCCUGCCAGCCCUGGGAGCUGGGUGGCCCCCAGGGGAGUGAGUGGAAGGGCCGAUCAGUGGCCUCAGUAAAGACAGGACUAGAUUAGAGGAGUCCGGACACAGCAGGGUGGGCUUCCAGGCACAGGGCAGGAAGGGGAUGGCAUGGGGGCGGAUUCCAGCUGGCAGAUGGGGGGGUCAGCCCUGGAGGAACCUUGAGCUGCCCUGGGAGAAGACUCUGGACUCUCCUUCAGUCCUGGCCAGUCCUUGGACCAGGCAAGGCAAGGCCCCAGUGUGUGGAUCAGAGUUUCUCAACAUUUUUUUUUUCUCUUAGUCUCCCCUCCUCAGGAGACUUUUAGGCAUUUUUUCCCCUUACUUGCAUGAUAUUUUAAUACCACAGAUAUACUGUAUAUGUUUGUGUACUGUACAUAUAUCUUUGCUUUAUACAAAAAAAGUAAGAUUUUAAAAAAUC